UCAGCACGACUGGGGUUAACAUUUUCAGUCGGAUGUAUGGUUCAAAGGUUUGAAUUGAAAUCAGUUAAGAGUGGUUACUGUGUUAAGAAAUGUGAUUCCCCAUUGGGAAGAGCUCAUUUUUUAAACAGGAUAAUUUGUAUAAAACACGAGACCUACAGAAUUUACAACCGCCUAAAAUAAGGACGGAUGCAGAUUCAACCACACCCAUUCUAGGCCUAUUGGCGAAGGAGAUUGGCCCCAAAUAAGAUGAUUCUGUUAUUUUGGACACCUUUGUUGUAGGGGGCUGGGGGGGGGGGGGCAAGGGUGUAGAAAGGAGUGUGUGUCCAGGGCUGUCUUAUAUAAAGGUCACCUGGCUAAGCAGCACACUGAGGACCCUACCACCAAAACAGUCACAGGAUUACAAAUGUAUAUGGUUGAUUAAAUUAAACAUAAUUAUCUCUUGCUCUGUAAAUUCAAACCUGGUGUUGGGCAAGAAACUCAUCUGGAUUUUCCAACGUGGUUCCCCCAUGUCUAUGAUGCAGAGUGUGGGACCUGGAAGGGACAUUGUAUAGUCAUUCGAAUGAGAUAGAAAAAAUCAAGGUCAUUGUCCACAUUGGCGUGCACAUAAAAUAUCCCUUAGCAGGUUGAAUUUGAUAUAAGAGUAGGCCAUAGUGCCCCUGUCUGGACAAAAUUUUCCUCUGGCAUAUUUCAGAGCAGAGCAGUAGGAUGUUAACACCAUUUCAUUUGUUUUAUAUAUAGCCUAAGCAGCUUUCAAUCUGACUGUCUGUUACACCCUUUGGAACACCGGUGUCCGAACUUGGUGCUUUGGAGCAUGAUAACUCUGCUGCUAAUUCAGAGGGAGUAAUGUAGAUAAGCAAAUUAAUCAAAUGUAUGACCCCUGAUGUGACCUCCCACUACAACUAGUCAGAUCUUCAUAUAGUUCAGGCCAUCGAAAGUAUGAAAUAUAGAUCUGUAUUUGAAACAGGCAAUCUAAAUACACACUAUAUCUCCUGUACAUUAGAACACCAAUCAUUCUGUAUAUUGUACUGGUAGUAUAGAAAAUCAUACAAAUUAAAUAAAAGAAAAAUAUAGUUUUAAUUAAACUCUAUCCACCCUGCUAAAGUGCAAUUUAGGGGGUUCGGGGUCAGAAAACUCUUCUACAGUGUUGCUUUUGUAACCUUUGCUGAAAUUCCUUGAUCCUGCCCUGUUAGAAUGCAUGUUUUCUGUUUCAGAGUUGAGGUUUUAGAACAAGUUAAAAUGGCUCAGGAAGGUCGGCCAACACAGGAAAUCAAUGUUGGUUUAAUUGAACCAACAUUAGUCAUAAAUGAAGUAGACCGUUCCAGAAUUUCAUCGGACACAGGGAGGAGAAUUUUGCCAGGACAUAAGCACACAAGAUCAAUACACACACAUGAGGUAGAACCCACAAAUAAAAAGGCAAAGUUAUUACCAAAUGAAUCCAGUUGCCGAAGCAGAACUGGAUCAGACCAGAAUGCUUCCCCUUCCUUUAACUUAAGUACAGAAAAAAGAUGCACAGACGAUGAAGAUAAUAACCCUUCAAAUAGCAACCAAGAUAACUACUGCAAUGACUAUCAGAAUAAAUAUUCUGCAAUUACUGCUUCUGGAACUGGGACAUCAGAUGUUGAAGUUGAAGAACGCUGUUUACCUGGAACCAUGAUAUCUGAUGAGGAGAGCUAUCGAAGUUCAUCUGACAGGGGAAAAAAAUAUUUCCAUCAAAAGGUUGAAGUUGAAGAACGCUGUUUACCUGGAACCAUGAUAUCUGAUGAGGAGAGCUAUCGAAGUUCAUCUGACAGGGGAAAAAAAUAUUUCCAUCAAAAGGUUGCAGUUGAAGAACGCUGUUUACCUGGAACCAUGAUAUCUGAUGAGGAGAGCUAUCGAAGUUCAUCUGACAGGGGAAAAAAAUAUUUCCAUCAAAAGGUAAGAGAAAGAGAGGCGAAAAAAAUAUUGAAUGCUCAACUUAGAGCCAAGAAUAAUGAUGUUAAAGAUGAGACUACCUGUAAUACUAGUACUAAUAUACCCCAGAUUGAUGAUCUACUAGAAGAGACAAAGUAUAAUAUACCAGACAUUGAUUUUCUACUAAAAAGUAAUAAUGAAUGAUGAUACUGCUGGUUUCCUGUCGUGUACCACCCACCUAUAACACAAGAAAUGAAUGCGGUAAAUGUGACCUGCUGCCAUACACAUUUCCAAUUUAGAAAACAACAAAAUAAAAUACAGAGUAGCUUCUCCUUAAAUCAGUACUAUUGUCAAAAAGUAAUAAAAUAAAUAUAAAAUAUAUUUAGAUCUAUUUCAAUUCUGAUUUAAAAAUGGCAUGAAGUAGUUACUGUCAAUUUGCAUUUACGUCAACAACCCUGCAGGUCACAUUCAUUUCAUUCUUUACUUUUGUUAUGUUUACUACUUAUUUGAAAUUUUGCUUUAUGGCAUUUACUAAUUUUAUUUAAUAUACUCUUAGGGCAUUUACUAAUUUUCAUUUUUGGCCAAAAUGUGCUGAUAAUGCUGCUUUUGUUGCACCAAUGAAUUAGAAGUUACCAGGUUACAAUUCUUAAAGGAGCUAAGUCUCUAACUAAAUAAUAUCCCAAAUCUUCAACAUUGAAAACACGAUUUAUUUGUCAAAUUAAAUCAACAUUCAUGUUGUGAUCUUACCGGAAAAAGAUGGGCUUUUGAUAUCCAAUAUUUAAGACAAAAUAAACAUUUUACCAUUGGUACACGAAUCGUGUACCAUAAUGCGCUUCAGCCCCAGAUGUAUCAAGAGACUCGAGGGACGAGGCUAGACACAUUGCACCAAAUUUAGAUUUAUUUCAAUUCCGAUUUAAAAAUGGCAUGAUUGUUCUAGUGUAUUUACUACUUUUAAAAUCCAAUUUUUUAAAUUAUAUUUUAGCGUGAAUAUUGUGUAUUUAUUUUAAUGUUACUUAAUAUAUCAGUGCCAUAGUUCUAAAAGGUUGUAUAUUCUAACUGCGUUAUUAAGAUUGGAAUAGGUUUUUCCUACAAUUUUUGAGACUAAACAACAGGACUAUGAUAUCGAUGUUCAAUUUAUCUUUAUUUUUUAACUUACAUCUUAAAUUAAUAGAAACGAAAUGAAAUGAAAUGGGGUUAAACAUACUACUGUUUUGCUCCGUAAAUUAAUAGAAAUCCCAUGUCUAAUUUUAAGCUGUGGAAGCUGUGGUGGCUAACUGAGUAAGACGCGGGCUUGCUAACCAGGAGGUUUCAAGUUUGCUCCCAGUGUUCCACAGGAUUUUAUUGGCCAACGCCAGAUCUCCUGGUUAACGAGCCAGAACCUUCCUUACUGAACCACGAUCUUCACUAAAUUUUGUAUAGAAGAUUCUUGUGGGGGUGCCUACAUGGUAACCUCCCCUCCUUCGCCUCUCGCAGAAUACUGGCGCUGCCGUUUGUAACCCGUCAUUUUUUCAAGCAUUUCAGGUUCUGCCACCAUACGCCUACGAGCACAUCUCAGAAACCAUUUAAGAUAUCUUUAUCAAACUUUAUAAAAAAAAAUUCUCAAAGUUGGAUCAUUCAUACAUCUAGAACUGUCUUCAGCGACGCCUGAUAUUAUUUGCAAUACAUCUUACAACAUGUGCACAGCUAGUAUUUGGUUUAUACAUGUCACAAGGCCAUUGAAACAAUGUACGUAGUAUUUGGUUUUUGAUUACCAGGGUGCAGGAUUUUGAUGAGUCUUCUUGUUACAUUACAGUAUUUUAAUAUCCAUGUAUGCGUAAUUAUUUUAAUAUUCAUGUAUGAGUAAGUAUUUUGAUAUUCAUAUAUGAGUGAUAUUCAUGUAUGAUUAAAUAUUUUGAUAUUCAUGUAUGAGUGAUAUUCAUGUAUGAUUAAAUAUUUUGAUAUUCAUGAAUGAGUAAGUAUUUUAAUAUUCAUGAUAUUCAUGAAUGAGUAAGUAUUUUAAUAUUCAUGUAUGAGUAAGUAAAAUAAUAUAUUGUGUCCAUACCAUAUGAAAACUCUUUUUGUUGCAUAAUGCUUUGUUUUCAUAACAAAUUUAUUAUUAAUCAUAUGAUAUUUAUAGGUUCUAAAGUUUUAGUUCUUUAGGAUCUUCAUUGAUAUAUACUUGUAAAUAGGCACUUAAGGUCAGUAAAGAAUUUUGUUUUGUUUAAAAUUUCAGAACUUAAAAAGUUGGCACUAACCCACAGUUGCAGGUUUUGUGUCUGGUAAAAGGGACAGGACUUUAUUUUGCAAUUAUUUAAGCUGAGGGUCGGGAUACGAUUGGUUUGACUAAAUCCUGGGCACCUUUGGUUUUGGCGAGCUAGAACCUAGAUUUAUUUGUUUACAAGUCUGAAGUUUCUAUUAAGCAUGGGGGGUUGGAUGGCUGAAUGGUUAGCGUGCGCGCGCUGUAUCAUAAAGUCUGUCAUUGAGUCGACUGGUGUGGUUUCGAAUCCCCGGUUGUACGUGGCAAGGAGUAGGGUCGCCUGUCAAGCCUCGUGGGUUUUCUCCGGGUCCUCCGGUUUCCUCCCACUGCUAAAGACCCCUACGCGCAAGCGAAUUAUUGAAAUAAAAUUAAACCAUAUGUUAGUCCCGAAAUGACCUAGUUUGUGUCGAGUGGACGUUAAACCCCAUUUCUCUCUCUCUCUCUAUUAAGCAUAGUAUACGUAGUAUCAUACAAUCGAGUCUGUCACAAGCCCCAAGAUAAUAUAUUGUUGUCAGGCUUGCCCUUAUACUACAUUUUGGCGAGCUUCGUAAAAUACAUUUUUGCCAGUCAUAAGCCCCUCUUACUACAAAGGAAAAUUUUAAUAGAAUCAUCAAAGAACGAAAGUUUAAAUUGGUAUGGUCUAAGCCCCUCUUACUACAAAGGAAAGUUUUAGUCAAGUUUAUAUUUUUAAGUAUGUGAUAAGUCUGGUCCAAUUUAAUCUGUGCAAAAUUAGACCAGUGGUUCUCAACCUUUUUUUGCCAACGGCACACCUUAGAACACAUGAUAAAAUAGCGGCACACCUACCUAAAUAUAUGAAAAGUAUUUAUGUUUUGCAAAAAAGAAAACAUGGCAAGUCAUAGAAGGCAUACAAAAGUAGACACAGACUAGUCAUAGACUCAUAGGAAGACUCAAACUAAAUAAAGGAAACACAGAUAUGGUUGAGAAUCACUGAAUUAGACAUUACUUAACCUAUCCUGACCAUAAUCAACUCUAGAUGGCAUCGCUAGCCUGCGAUCUUUAGUGCAUUGUGAGCCGAUUUACUGCAUAACUUUCCUUUACGAUUUAACGAUUAAAUGGAUGUUUAUCGUACUGACUUUAGUAAUGAUGAUCAAGGCUUGGCGGAAAUUCAAUCACUUUGUUCUCGGUUCAUAGUGGAUCAAUUUGAAUGAAAUUUUCAGCAAAUUGCCUUUACAUUAUCUAGUUUUUAUACGCCCACAUUGAAAUGUGGUCGGAGAUUGUCGUCGCCUAUCCGUCCGUCCGUCUGUCCGACCGUCCCGGGUCCACAAUUGCUUGUGGACGCUCUAGAGGCUAAAGUUAAUAUCCGAUUGACUUCAAAUUUAUAUACAAUGUUUAAGGCCAUGAAACGAAGAAUCCUAUUGAUUUUCAGCGAUUUCCGAUAAUUACUGCCAGAGUUAUGGCCCUUGAUCACUUCAAAAAAUCUUGUGGACGCUCUAGAGGCUAAAGUUAAUAUCCGAUUGACUUUAAAUUUAUACACAGUGUUUAAGGUCAUGAGACAAAGACGUCUAUUCAAUUUCAGCGAUUUUUGAUAGUUACUGCCAGAGUUAUGGCCCUUGAUCACUUCAAAAAAUCUUGUGGAUGCUCUAAAGGCCAAAGUUAAUAUCCGAUUGACUUUAAAUUUAUACACAGUGUUUAAGGUCAUGAGACGAAGAAGCCUAUUGGUUUUCAGCGAUUUCCGAUAAUUACUGCCAGAGUUGACUUCAGAUUGAUACACAGAGUUUAAGAGCUUGAGACGAACAAGAAUAUUGAUUUUCAAUGAAUUUUUAUGACUUGAACAGCUAAAUCCAAGAUAUUAAAAGUUUUGUAUACUAAACGUUAGCAUGGGGCAGAACUUUAUAAAAACCAAACAAAUUCUAAUGGUUUUCUGAUAAUUACUUCAUGAGUUGUUACUCUUAAUCAGAUUUUAGUGUAUUAUAAAUGUUUCAUUACCGAAAGAAGUAAAAAUAUGCGACAACGCUUGUUGACUGCCCUGACGAUUUAGUUGCUGUGGGCGUAUGUUUCGUUGCCUGACAACCUAUCUUUAACUAUUAUAGUGAGAACUGCCAACUCGUUAUCGAAUCUCCCAUAAUGUAUCUUUAACAACUUGUGAAAUUUUGUUGAUACAUUUCAGUGUAAUAAACUAUAGUAAUUGUUAUUCCAUAAA